UGGUACAGACUGAAGUUGUAAAAACAGCCAGGUGUAGAGAAGCAAGACCUUGCCUGUCGAAAGGUGAAAACGAAAAACUGCUUAAAAUAAGAAACUGAAGCAAGAUAAUAUAGCUAUAGACAGCUACACAUACUGGAACAUUUUUUUAUGAUACAUGUGAAGAAAAUAUUUAUAUCCACUCUCCUAUUUGCACUAACGGUACUUCAGAACUACUGAGAAUCUUUUUUUUUAUCGUGAAAGGCCAGAAUCACUCAUCUGUGAAACGAAGACAUUUCCUCUGCAAUCAGCACUUUGUUUUGAAAUUUUGCAAAGUUUUUGUUUCCCUUUUUGUUACGCUGCCAGCUUUCAGGAGACCGCGCAACCUUGGGAGGCUUUGACAAUACUGCUGACGUGCCAACCUCAAAAUCAACGGAAGUACUUUUUUUUCCAAGGAAAAGAAUAAUUUACACUUGGGCAAUUCAGCAGCUAUGCAGCUUGAAAUCCAAGUAGCACUCAAUUUUAUAAUUUCUUAUCUGUACAACAAGCUGCCAAGACGACGCGUAAACAUCUUCGGCGAGGAGCUCGAACGUCAGUUGAAGCAGAAGUACGAGGGACACUGGUAUCCAGACAAGCCAUACAAAGGGUCCGGCUUCCGAUGCAUACACGUCGGGGAGAAGGUGGACCCUGUGGUGGAGCAAGCUGCCAAAGAGAGCGGGUUGGACAUUGAGGACGUCCGCAACAACCUGCCUCAGGACCUCAGUGUGUGGAUCGACCCCUUCGAGGUGUCCUAUCAGAUCGGGGAGAAGGGGCCCGUCAAGGUGCUCUACGUGGACGAUAGCAAUGACAACGGCCUCGAGCUGGACAAGGAGAUCAAGAACAGUUUCAACCCCGAGGCCCAGGUCUUCAUGCCCAUCAGCGAGCCUCCAUCUGGGGCCUCCCCCACAUCCAGCUCCCCCUCCCCUCCCUUCGGCCAGUCGGCCUCGGUCAGCCCCACCUUCAUGCCACGCUCCACGCAGCCUUUAACCUUCACCACUGCCACCUUUGCCGCCACCAAGUUCGGCUCCACCAAAAUGAAGAGCAGCGGCCGCAACAACAACAACAACGGCAGCGGCGGCGGCGGCAGCGGUGCCGGCGGUAGCGGGAAGGUGGCCCGCACCUCCCCCACCAACCUGGGCCUGAAUGUGAACAGCCUGCUGAAGCAGAAAGCCAUCUCCACGUCCAUGCACUCACUCUACGGCCUCGGCCUGGGCGCGCCGCAGCCCCCGCAGCAGCUCCCCAAGCCCUCCGCCCUCUCCCCCAACGCCAAGGAGUUUGUGUUCCCCAGCCUGCAGGGCCAGGGCAGCCCGGGCUCCGUGUUCCCCGGGGACGGCCCGCUCGGCCUGGGUCCUCUCCCGUACAGCAAUGCCUUUGACGUUUUCGCGGCCUACGGUGGCCUCAACGAGAAGUCCCUCAUGGAUGGCUUGAAUUUCAGCUUGAACAACAUGCAGUAUUCUAACCAGCAAUUCCAGCCAGUUAUGGCCAACUAGGAAAAUAAAAAUGGGAAAAAAAAAAAUUGUGAACGACCAGAGAUGUGAGUUGGAAAACGCACAUUUGGGGAAGAAAAAAAAAAAGAGAAACAAAAAUGUGGAAAAAUGGAUAAAGCUACAUGUCAACUGUAAAGUCCCAGUAUACCAGUCCAAGCGCAUGAGCCCAAGGGUGAUGUACUAUUUGCCCCCUUGAGUUUAUUUUCUGUUUUUGUUAUUUUUAUUUUUUUUUUUACGAUGAAAAAGCUUGUAGUACAUGUUCAAGCUUGGUUACCUAAACUCAAACUCAAUACAUUUUUAUUUCUUUCUUUUGCCAACCAAGCACAAAAUUAUUUUUAUGGACUGUUUUACGGUAUCUAUAAAGAAGAAAAAAAAAACACUUGUCAUGGCCUCUUACAGUAUAAGACAUAGCUGGACAGCCAAUUUUUUUGUCAAAGGAUUGGCAUCAAUAAGUGGGAUUUCCUGGUCUUUUUUCUAAUUGUAUAAUUUAAUUUAGUACAGAGUUUGUAAAAUAUCAGAGUAUAUAUAUUGUUUCUACGACAUGGUAUUGCAUUUAUAUCUUUUUACUACUCCAGUGAUCUGUGACGGCUGCCUCAGCUUUACGUUCUCUCUUUUUUUAUUGAAAUUGUAAAAUGAAUCCAUCUUUAAAAACAUCGAAGAUUGUGUACAGAAUAUUCCGUAGUGGUGAAAAAUUUAAGAAUAUUUGCUUUUUUUGAAAAAAAGAAGAAAACAUAAGAGUUGUAUUUUCUGUUUAAGAGUUUAAAGAUUUUUGCUAUAUUAUGGACAAAAUGUAAUCGUAUAUUAAUUUUGUACCUACAUUGUGCAAUACUUGAUAAAAAAAAAAAAAACAGUAUAACAAAGUAUUUGGAGUCAGUGUCUUACAUGUUGAGAGGGACUGAUAGUUUAUUAAG